CUGAGCAAAGGAGCCAGAGCAGAGAGGGGAGCGGGAGUGGGCACACAGGCACUGAUGGACGAGCCAAAGGGUACCAAGCGGUGGAAGGGUUUCCGAUCCAAAUACAUCAUCACCGGAUUUCUCUUAGCAGUGGCCGUUAUUGCUUUAAUCGCUGUGGCUGUCGCACAGAACCAUCAUUCCACAAAGAACAGUAAAUAUGGGAUAGUACUGGAUGCUGGUUCUUCGCACACUAGCUUGUACAUAUACGAAUGGCCGGCAGAGAAAGAGAAUGACACAGGAGUGGUUCAGCAGGUGCAUAUGUGUGGAGUGGAUGGUCCAGGAAUCUCAGGAUACACCAGUGAUGUGAAAAAAGCUGGUGCCUCCCUAAAGCCUUGCAUGGAUAAGGCAAAGGAGAUAGUGCCACAUGGAAAACAUAGUGAGACACCUGUUUAUCUGGGGGCAACGGCUGGCAUGCGGCUGCUGAGCCUGGAGAAUGGGGAUACUGCUCAGAAGGUCCUUUCUGCAGUAGAGGCGACACUACGCUUAUACCCCUUCAAGUUCCAAGGUGCCAGGAUCCUCAGUGGGGAGGAAGAAGGGGCCUAUGGCUGGAUAACUCUUAAUUACCUGUCAGACAAUUUCAAAGAGUCUAGCUGGCCUCGUAGCUUCUUCAGUAAGAGGACAACAGGAGCACUGGAUCUUGGAGGAGCUUCCACACAGAUCACCUUUGUACCAGACCACGAGAAGAUUGAGUCCCCAGAAAAUACCGUGAACUUCCUUCUCUAUGGCAAGAGCUACACUGUGUAUACGCACAGCUUUCUGUGUUAUGGAAAGGACCAGGCACUCCGCCUCAAGCUGCUCAAUGAUGUCCUCGACUCAUCAACUGGCAUAUUCCAGGAUCCAUGUUUCCAACAAGGAUAUAAGAGGACUCUUAACAUUUCUCACCUGCGCACGAAUCCCUGCACAGCAACUAAGUUCACCCCAAAUAACUCCACCCAUUUGCAGCUCCUAAUCGAAGGUGCUGGGGAUUAUGAAAGGUGCCUGACGAGCCUCGAGGAAAUCUUCAGUACUACCAACUGCUCUUAUUCCAGCUGCUCGUUCAAUGGCGUUUUCUUACCUCAGGUGUCCGGGGAAUUUGGGGCAUUUUCUGCGUUCUACUAUGUAAUGAACUUUCUGAAUGUGACGAAAGAACCUAUGGACAAAGUGAUAGAGGCAGUGAAGACUUUCUGCUCCAAACCCUGGGAUAAGGUGAAGGCCGAAUUUCCUACGGUAAAAGACAAGUACUUGAGUGAAUACUGCUUCUCGGGCACUUACAUCAUCUCACUGCUCAGCCGGAGAUACAAAUUCACCAAGGACAAAUGGCCAAACAUCCACUUCCUAGAGAAGAUUCAGAAAAGUGAUGCUGGAUGGACUCUGGGCUACAUGCUAAACCUCACCAACAUGAUCCCGGCAGAGCAGCCCUAUACCCGCCCACUGUCCCAGGCUAGCUAUAUCAGCCUCAUGGUCAUCUGCUCCGUUGCGGUGGCGGCUCUGCUCUUCAUAGGCUGGGUGAUCUAUUGCAAACCAAAGUGUCUGAAAAGGGAAAUGAUUUAAGAGCGGGGUAGGCGUAGGAGCCCACAGACAAACUGCAGUGAAGAACAUUGCUCAGUGCUCUUCUCCUGGGGUCUCCUAAAAUAACUGACUUUGUCUAAGGGCUUUCUGUGCCAUAUGUUCUGGCACUGACAGAGGCCAAGACAGCAGCAAGCUGCCCUUCUGUCAUCUCCCCCGUUCUGAAGACUCGCCUCCCCUCCUGAUCAUGAGCGGGAGUUGGCGGUAGAGGCCUUGCAUAUUGCAUUAAAAGACUUCUCUCAGGUCUGCCCCCUUCAUAGAUUGCCGUGGCCCCAGAAAUUCAACACGGGGCACCCAGUCAGAAAAGACCGACCGAACCAUGGAGGGAGAGACUUAGCAUGGCAGGAGCAGGGGCUCUCAGGUUUGCACAUCAUCUGUUGUUCCGCUGGAAAGGUCAACGUUCCCGUCAGAAAUACUCACUACUGGGCCUGCCCCAGCCACAGUGACUGAACCAGCACUUCUCAGUCACGCUGUCUUAUAGGGCACAUCCUCUUUGCAAGUGAAGACUUUUGACAAUAGACUCUUCGUGUGCAAAUCAUCAGCCAGGAGAAGGGAGAGGUAAGUGAAAUGUACCUUCUCCGGAAAAGGUUACAUAGCAAAAUGCAUCUUUCACAAAACCUUUGUCCGGGAAAGAAUGUCAACUGGCAGCUUGCCCAAAACAAGCACAACUGAAUUCUCCCCCAGGUGUCUCAGCUGCUCCCUGGACAUCGAGCCUCGUGUUGAUGGACUGCCUGUGAAUUGUUUGGAUCAGCCGACCCAGUUACUUCCUAUGGUCUGUGUAGACCCUGGACGCUGUGGCCUAAGGUUACACCCUUCCAAAGCAGCCGGUAUUAACAAUGUCACCAUCAGCAUCCUUAUCAUUCAAAACUGGUGAGGAAUUGGGGAAAACAAACUCUUUGCUACUUCAAUGACCUGCUUGCAAUGGAGGAGCUCUCUAGAGGACCUGGCCUUUUGCUCCCCUGACCCACUGGCUUUCCGGCACCAAUGGAAAAUUCCUAGAAAUAGACUCUUCUCUGUGACUGGAUGAUUCACAAACAGAGACUGACUGUUUUGUGCUUUGAUGCAACUGAAAACCAGAGGUUCACAUUGCCAAGGCCUUUCUAGCCUUCUUCUGACUGAGGUGUCAGUCUGUUACCUAGCCCAGGGGUGGGCAGAAAGGAGGGGACUGUACAAAAGCAGGAGGACCACAAAUCAAUUAGUUGUUUGGGGAAAGGGACCAGGGGAAGGGGGCGUGGCCAUCUGGAGAACCUCUGCUGAAUUGGGACUCCAGGCAAGCUGGAAUUGGGUCCUGGGCCUGAAGUUCUGUACCCGUUUUACCAGAUUCCACAGAUUUACCAACUGGAGCCAGAUGCAUAGUAGCUCGGUAGGGCAGACAUGUACUUAGAAUGUUUUUUAAAAGGGUUUCUCUGAGCAUAUGCUCAGUCCAGGAAUUUGUUUUUAUUACCAGAAAUGAACUUUCUGCCUCUUUACACAAAAAUGCACUUCUCAUUCCACUGUGUACGUGUGUAUAUCAUUAUGUCUGAUAACUGUGCAUUGUAAUAUGUUGGCUACUUUUUUUCAACAUGUACCUGUGCAAUAGCAUGGAAAUAAAGGUAUAUGCAAUUGUCA